AUGAAUUUCAAAUUUACUGAACCAUAUAGAAUUUUAGUUGAUGGUACAUUUAUACUGGCAGCAUUGAAAGUCAAAUUUCAUAUUAAGGAGCAACUUUCAAAAAUUCUAUGUGGACGUAUAACUCCAAUAGUGUCUAAUUGUAUAGUCAAAGAAAUUGAAACAUUAAAUUUUUCUAACCAGUCAACUAAAGCUGAUUUUUCAGGUGCUAAACUUGCUGCUAGAGCUUUUUUUAGAUAUAAAUGUAAUCAUAUUUAUGAAACUGAUACUAUUGAAAAACAAUCACAAUCUAUCUUGUAUAAUGAAAAUAUAAAUGCAAUAGAUCCCAGUAUUAUAGAUAAAGAUAGUGAAUUUAAAAAUAAAAAAAAGUUUGAUUCCUUUAGAUGUAUAUUGGAUAUAGUAUCAAAAAGUGGUAAUUCAAAAAAGUUUAUUGUUGCAACACAAGAUGUAUUACUUAGGAAAAAGCUACGUAAAAUACCUGGUGUACCUAUCAUUUAUUUAUAUAAUCAGAUACCUAUAUUAGAAAGUCCAUCUCAAGUUACUUGUUCUCAACAGUUUUCAAAAGAACAAGAAAAGCUUCUUCCUCAAAAGUGGGAAUACUCUUAUAUUUCGUGUUUAAGAAAUACUCUUAAUCAAGAUAGCAAAACUAAAGAGAAAAGGAGAAAAAGGAAAAAUCCUAAUCCUUUAUCUUGUAUUAAGAAGAAAAAGAAACCAGAUCUUACAUCUCAGAAUAAAGAUAAGAAGAAGAGAACUAGAACAAGAAAUAAAGUGAAGAUAUGA